ACUGAAAGAAUUCCAACAAAGUUGACUCAUUCCUAUUUAGCAAAGCGAGGUAAAUAUAGUUUUUUUUUAUAACGAGGAUUUAUUAUUCCUUUCAUGUACUGACUAUUGUAUAGGAGAUCAUUGAUUAGCUUCUCUGUAUUGGCACAAAGCACACAGAGGUGCAGCAGCGUCCAGUGAAGCCUAACUGCCUGGUAGAAAGGAAGGGACUGUCUGUGUGAAACAAGCAGGGUAGGAAAAGUCGACUUACCUGUAACCCAGGUUCUGGCAUCCCUCACCAACUCUGCCUCACUCUAGUAGUACCUGCUCCGACUUGAAAGUCCAGUUUCACAAGGAAGAAUCGUGGAGGAAGAAAAAUAUGUCACAGGAGACGGACAAUAAGCGGCUGGUGGUGGUGGUACCCAAUGAGACGUCCUUCCAAGGGCGGCGUGCAUACACCAGCGAGGAUGAGGCAUGGCGGUCCUACUUGGAGAACCCUCUGACUGCAGCCACUAAGGCCAUGAUGAGCAUCAAUGGAGACGAGGACUCUGCUGCAGCUCUGGGACUGCUCUACGACUAUUACAAGGUUCCUAAAGAAAAGAGACUGUUGCCCAUCGCCAAAGUGGUUGAAAUUUCAGAGGACCAGGAAAAGAGGGGAGGCUCGGGGACCAGCAUCAACGGCCAGCAGGGUGACAACAUAGAGAUGGUGGACAACCGAGUCCAGGUGCUGAAGUCUGUCCCGGUCAACCUGUCCCUCAACACUGACCACCUGGACAAGAGAGUCAACAUGUCCCUCAACACUGACCACUUGGACAAGAGGGAGGAGUACGGGGCGGGGACAGGUGAUGGACCUGGGGCUAUUGCCUUGGUGAAGGCAGAGAUGUAUGCCCCGGUGUUCAUGGGUCCUGGGGUUGGGACGGGGGUGCACUACCGAGUAGAGGGCGAGGAGCAGGAGUCAAGGGUCGUCUAUGAACAGAUGAGUCCGUAUGUAUCCGAUGUGUCAACAGUUAGUCACGGAGGAUACGUUAAGGAGGACCAGCGCAGCACGCCUGAUGACAGCCCGUAUGAAGAGGAGAGCGAUGUGAAAUACCACACAACCAAGUCUAUAGCACAGGAAGAGUUUAUCUUCGACCAACAAGUAGUGGAUACGUUUCAGUACAAGCUGGAAGCCACCAGGUCACUGCGUGUGAAGCAGGGGGAGGGGCCCAUGACGUACCUGAACAAGGGCCAGUUCUACGCUGUGACGCUCAGCGAGCUGGGAGCUAACAAACGCCUGAGACAUCCAAUCAGCAAAGUCAGGAGUGUCAUCAUGGUGGUGUUCAGUGAAGACAAGAACAGAGACGAACAGCUGAAGUACUGGAAGUACUGGCACUCCCGCCAACACACUGCUAAACAGAGAGUACUAGACAUAGCGGACUAUAAGGAGAGCUUCAACACCAUCGGUAACAUUGAGGAGAUAGCCUACAACGCUGUCUCCUUCACCUGGGAUGUGAACGAAGAGGCCAAGAUCUUUAUCACAGUGAACUGUCUAAGUACAGACUUCUCGUCUCAGAAGGGGGUGAAGGGUCUUCCUCUGAUGAUCCAGAUUGACACAUACAGUUACAACAACCGCAGCAACAAGCCACUCCACAGAGCCUACUCUCAGAUCAAGGUCUUCUGUGACAAGGGAGCUGAGAGGAAGAUCAGAGAUGAGGAAAGGAAACAGAACCGCAGGAAGACUAAAGGUAAGGAUGGAGGGCUAGGGGUGAUAACUCUCCCUAAGAAGCCUGACACCACCUACUUCAAGACCAUGACUGACUUGGAGGCCCAGCCUGUACUCUUCAUCCCUGAUGUCCACUUUGGAAACCUGCAGAGGGCUGGACAGGUAUUUGCCUUUAACACAGAAGAAAUUGAGAGAGGAGGGAGUGUGUUGGUUAAGAGGAUGUUCAGACCGUCAGAGGAUGACCUCUCACCUCCUUCCCACAAACAGAUCAAAGAGGAAACACACAAGAGAGUCCUGCUGUAUGUGAGGAAGGAGUCGGAUGAGGUGUUUGAUGCUCUGAUGCUCAAGUCUCCAACCCUGAGAGGCCUGAUGGAAGCAAUAUCAGAGAAGUAUGGAGUUCCCACUGAGAGGAUAGCCAAGAUGUACAAGAAAAGCAAAAAAGGGAUCCUGGUGAACAUGGACGACAACAUCAUAGAGCAUUACUCUAAUGAAGACACCUUCAUCCUGAGCAUAGAGAGCUACGCUGACGCCUACAAGGUCACACUCACCGAAAUAUGAUGUCUGAAGGACUCAGUCUAGGGCCGGGGGGGACAGUACAGAGGGACAGGACGGUACAGGAGGACAGGACCGUACAGGAGGACAGGACAGUACAGGAGGACAGGACAGUACAGGAGGACUGAGUGUAGGGUCGGAGGGACGGGACAGUACAGGAGGACUGAGUGUAGGGUCGGGGGGACAGGACAGUACAGGAGGACUGAGUGUGGGGCCGGGGGACAGGACAGUACAGGAGGACUGAGUGUAGGGUCGGGGGACAGGACAGUACAGGAGGACUGAGUGUAGGGUCGGGGGGACAGGACAGUACAGGAGGACUGAGUGUAGGGUCGGGGGACAGGACAGUACAGGAGGACUAAGUGUAGGGUCGGGGGGACAGGACAGUACAGGAGGACUAAGUGUAGGGUCGGGGGAAAUAGGACAGUACAGGAGGACUUAGUGUAGGGUCGGGGGGACAGGACAGUACAGGAGGACUGAGUGUGGGGCCGAUGAGGGACCGGGACCAGAUGCACCGGUUCCAAUCCAAGCGCCAAUGCCGUUUAGCAAACUCCAGGCGUUUACAUUUGUUGGAUGACAUGAAAAUAGAGCUCUUUGGCCAGACUUCGAAAUGAGAAUGUAUGAGCAGAAAAUAACCUCAUACCUACUGGAAAGUAUGGUGGUGGAUCUUUGAUGUUUAGGGGCUAUUUGCCUUCCACUGGUCCUGGAGCCCUUGUUAAGGUCAACAGCAUCAUGAACUUUACCCAGUACAAGGACAUUUUAGCCAAAAAACCUGGUUGCCUCUGUCAGGAGGCUGAAACUUGGCCGCAAGAGGAUCUUCCAGCAAGACAAAAACCUCAAGCUCACAAAAUACACAAAGAAAUUGUUAAUUGGCCACAAAAUCAACAGCAAUGGACAUCUUAGUCUCCAGACUUGAAACCCACUGAAAACCUGUGGUUUGAUUUGAAGGGGGCCGUCCAUAAACCCAGUCAAACGAUAUCAAGGAUCUGGAAGGAUUCUCUAAAGAGGAAUGGUCUCAGAUCCCUCCCAAUGUGUUCUCCAACAUAAAACAUUUUAGAAAAAGGCUCAGGGCUGUUAUCCUCACAAGGCGAGGUAUUGAAAGCAAGCUCUAGCCAGAGGCGACAUACAGACAGAGUACACAACACUACAGACAUAGUACUCAACACUACAGACAUAGUACUCAACACUACAGACAUAGUACUCAACAGAGUACACAACCCUACAGACAGAGUACACAACUCUACAGACAGAGCACUCAACCCUACAGACAGAGUACUCAACACCACAGUCAGAGUACUCAACACUACAGACAGAUGGAAUAUGAACCGAUCUCUUUACAGCCUACAUGAUAUAGUUAUAGUGUGUUAGUCCCUCAAUGGAACAGGUUAACAUGUAGAAUCCUUGGAUCCUGAGUGUAGGGAUGUUUUAUCUGUUACUUAAACCUGUCAGACCCCAAUCUAAUGAGCUUUAACUGUCAAUAUAAUUAUUUUGCUAUUGUAUGUUGAGCAUGUAUAGUUUUACAUGGUUUUGCGAAAUGACCAUGGCUAGUUGAUAAAAGGGGUAUUUACAUUUACAUGUUAGUCAUUUAGCAGAUGCUCUUAUCCAGAGAGACUUAGAGUUAAUGCUUUUUUACACCAUUUUAAAGAUACACUUCUCGUUAAUCCAACCACAGUGUCCGAUUUCAA